AUGGGAGAGGACGCAGCUGAACCCCCAACAAUUGAGAAACUGAUCGAAGUCCAGAUUGGAGAUGAGGAGUACAAAACAACAUUCGUAGGAGCAGACCUUACUGCACAUGAACGUGAUGGUAUGAUUACAUUGCUAAGGGCAAACACCAACGUUUUCGCAUGGAGUUUUGCUGAGAUUCCCGGAAUAGAUCCGAAUAUAGCCUGCCACAGGCUAAAUAUCGAUGAGAAGUUCCAUCCAGUUCGUCAGAAAAUCAGGAAUACGGUGCAAAGCAAAAAAUAUGGAGUUAAUGCUGAAGUUGAAAAGCUGUUAGAAGCGGGCUUUAUUCGACCAGUGCAGUAUCCUCGCUCGCUGUCCAAUGUCGUACAUGUUCCAAAGAAAAAUGGUAAAAUUCGUGAUCAAGAGAAUACUGCGUUUGUAAUUUAUAGAGGAGUUUACUACUACACUGUAAUGCCGUUCGGGCUAAAGAACGCAGGGGCGACCUACCAACAUUUGGUGGACAAUAUGUUCAAGGAUUUGAUUGGGAAGACGAUGGGAGUAUACAUCAACGAUAUGGUGGUGAAAUCUGAUCAAAAGGAUUCGUAUUUUCUCGACCUGCAGAAGACGUUUGAUAUCCUGUGGCAAUAUCGAAUGAAGCUUAAUUCAGCGAAAUGUUCGUUCGGGCUAUCCUCGGGAAAGUUCCUUGGAUACUUGAUGACGCGCAUAGGAAUUGAGGCGAAUCCGGAUCAAAUCAGAGCCAUCACAGAGAUGUCAUCCCCAAGAACGAAGAAGGAGGUCCAUAAGCUAGCAAGUCGAUUAGCAGCUUUAAAUCGUUCCGUUUCACGCUCGUCGGAUCGAUUCAAACCAUUCUUUGAUAUUUUGAAGAAAGUAGUGAAUUUUGGUUGGACAGAUGAGUGCGAGAAGGCUUUCAAUGAGAUCAAGCAGUAUCUGUCAACUCCUCCAGUUUUGGUGAGUCCAAAAACUGGACAACUGAUCGGAGUUUAUUUGGCUGCAACGGAGAACGCUGUAAGUGCAGUGCUGUUUGUUACGGAUCCACAUGAAAAUCCUGUUUACUUCGUCAGCAAAUCUUUGACGGGGGCGGAAACACGCCGACUAGCCAUAUGGUCAAAUUUUCUCGGGGCGUAUGAAAUCAAGUACGAGAUCAGAACUGCAGAUAAGGGACACGCCCUGGCUGCACUGCUAGCAGAUUUUCCUGUGGACGACAUACAAAAAGUUACCGAAAAAGAAGAGGAGUUGUUCAAACCCAUAGAGCCAGCCAUCGAUCAGACUGGGGGCGAGUCCGCAAUGGAGGUCGAUACACCUGAACCUUUAUUGACUGUAUUUACCGAUGGUCCAUCGAAUGUUGGUGGAGCUGGAGUUGGAUGUGUCAUCCUUACUCCUGAAGCUGCAAUUAUCGGUUUAAAGGCUGUCAAACAGUUAGAUGCGAAGAACGUGAAGCUGGUGACUGAUUUCAUGCUAGUAGUCAACCAGUUUCUGGGGACCUACAGAGCCAAGGAAGAGAGGAUGGCCUUGUAUUUGGAUCAUAUGAGAGAGUUAGCAAAUGAGUUCGACCAAUUCUCUAUUGGGCAGCGACCGCGGUUGGAAAACAGGCACGUGGAUGCUUUAGCAUAUCUUUCUUCCGCAGUCGAAACUGAUACCACACGUUUCGUUGUGGUAGAUUUCCAAGAGUUACCUAGCAUCUCCGACAGCCACCUUGUUCUGGCUCUCGAACACCCUAGGGGGGGCGAGAGGGAAACUACAUCAGCACGGGGAGAUACCUAUAACGUUGACAGCAAUAUGGAUGUUGACAGCCUAGUGAUAGAUGAUUCAGGCAGUCCUGCUGAAAACACUUCAGACUGGCGUCAACCUUAUGUUCGGUAUUUGAUAACCAGUGAACUCCCGGAAGAUGAGCAUCUUGCUUCAAAAGUGAAGAAGAAUGCUUGGAGAUAUUCAAUGAUCGAGGGUGAGCUGUACCGCAAACCUGUAGCUUUGGAGCCAUUUUUGCGGUGCGUAUCGGCCGAAAAAGGGCAACAUAUAUUGGCGGAGGCUCAUGAAGGAAUAUGUGGCAACCAUUCUGGAUGGAGCAGUCUCGCGCAUAUGAUACUCACUCAGGGAUACUUCUGGCCAUACAUGAAGAAAGAUGCUAAAUAA